CUUUUUAAGUAUCUCUUUGUAUCCAUGAAUAUAUCUGAAAAUAUCUUGUAUAUUUAGAUUGUCACAUUUAGAUAACUUAUGAGGAUUGUCUGAUAAGUUUCAAGCCUGAUUAUAAAGAUGACAUUACUUCUCGGAAAAUGUCGUAAGAUGUAAAAGCUGCAUCUUUUUAAUGCCUAUUCCUAAAUUUUUUUAAAUUCCUAUAUUUUCUGUUUUGUUUUGACAAUCAAAUCUUCGCAUGCUGUUUAUUUUUCAACGAUGGAAAAAAUCGGACAUCCUUGAUUAAAUAUUGAAUCUGAAAGGGAAAACUCCCAAUGGAAAUCUAAACCAAGUUGGAUUUUGUUUACGGUGACUCUUUCUUCUGUUGAAGUUUAAAUUGCCGCGUUCAAACAUGGUCGUGUGUGUUUGAUGAUGAGCAUCCGGGUCGCCCAAAAAUUGCAACGACUAAGGAAAUAGUUGACAAAUCAUUGCUUCAAAUUGAAUUGGAUGAUCGAAGAUUGAAGAUCAGAGUGAUAGCAGAUGCUGCAGGCAUAUCUGAACGCACGUUCCAAAUAUUACAUGCAAAUUUGGAUAUGAGAAAACUAACCGCGAUGGGUGUCACGUUUGCUGAUAUAAUAAACCAAAAACGCAUUUGACACAUUUCGAAAGAGUAUUUGGACUGAUUCAAGCAGGAUAGAAAGAAUUUCUUGCGUCGAUUCGUGACUAUUGACGAAACAGAUAUGCACCGUUAUACACUGGAGUGCAAAAGGAAUAGUCAAAAACCGCCAUAAAUGAGUAUUUUGCAGAGUUUAAUCAAACUUUCUUUAUUAAUACUAGAAAAGAGAUGAACAAAAUAUAUUGAGCUAUAAAAGAAAGCUAUUGAAAAAUAAAAUAGAUUUUGUCUAAAAAUAUAUAAUGGUUUCAUUCUUAGGCGCAAAAGUCACGUAAAUAGAUAGAUAAAAAAUUUAUUUAGGUUCUGAAGCAUUUCAGCAAUAAAACAAUAAUGUUUAACUGAAAUGUCAAACAUAAUAUUGCAACUGAGUCAUCUGAAUUUUACUAUUUUUUAACGAUCGCCAAUGUACAUGAAUAAGUACAUACAUAAAGUGUACGAAAUGUAAAUGUACCGAGUUAGUGUAUUUUGAGAUUGCACGGCAUUGCACAUAAGAAUAUAAUGUAAAAGGUUGUAAAAAGAUUGCGCAAUAUUGAAUUUGCUAGAUACUUAGAAACGCUGUCACGCGCCGUGCGAGCUUCGGAGAACCUUCGGCACUGCCACAAAAUCUUUUAAUGAGCUUACCAAGCUUAGAAGCCUUAUAUCGGCACGUUCCGCGACAAAGUGAACGCGAAAAGCAGCAAACCGUUGGUGGCAGUUGUUGCGUGCACGUCACCGGAAUUUCUUCACGUUCCAUAAAAAGCCGUAAAAAGAACGCUGCUUUGAAUUCGAACGCACGUACGAUCGUUGAGAAAGAGCAACCGUGCACCAUGAUGAUCGCUAUAUGGUCAGCAUGAAGAAACGCGGAAGCAACGAGAAUAAAGGUAGUAAGAAGAGUCAGAAUGGUGGCAACACUAUCGAUAAAACGGAUUCGGGAAGUCUGAGCGAUGAUGAAAAUCAAGGCUUCGGAAAUUGGCUUCGAUCCAGUACUGGUGUCGAAAUGAUGUGGCUCUUCGUAAUCGCGAAUUCGAUGUUGAUCUUCGUGACGAUGGCUUGGCCAAACAUGAGAGAAUCCUUCUACAUCAUCAAAGACUAUCUCAUGGGAGAAGAGGAUUAAAUGAUCUCAAUCAAGGAGAUAGUUUAGGAAUAAUUUUCGAUAAUUUAGAAUUGUUUAGAAAUAAUUUAUUGUGGUAAAUUUAAACAAGCGUAGAAACAUUAGUCUCAAUUCUUAAAGUUAUUAGAUAUAUCCUUUAACAUCAGCUUUAUCCUUUUAUCGUUUAGAUUAUUAAUUCAUCAUAAAACAGUAUUAAUAUCCGUCUUAAAUUCAGUAAUAAAUCAAAACUAAGGGAUAACUGGAACUGAUAGCAGAAUAAGAUAAUAGGAUAGCAAAUUAAUUUCAUUAUUGCUAUUAAUUUUUAUUAAUUAUAUAGUAACUAUAUUUUAUCAUUUAUAAAAAUUAUAAAACAAUUUUCAAUUCAGUACGAGUGUGAACUGCGUUUAAGAUCAAUAGAUAAAUCAAGAGAUACACUGAGAAAAAGAUAUUUAAAGACACUUAUUUUUUUAUGGGACAUAAAUUAAUUUCACUAAAAUAAAUUUUUAUUUAAAUAAUUUUAUUCUUUGCAAAUAAUUUAAAAAUUAAUAAAAAACGUGAAAUAUAUUUCAUAUAAAUAGAUAUUUUGUUAUCGCAAAUUUUUUUUUAUAAAUCUAAAAGAAAACGUUACAUUUGCUUGCUGAUACUUUGAGACUUUUUUUUUCUCAGUGUAGAGAUUUAAGAAGAUGAACGAAAAAUGAUCGUCGUAAAUUUUCAAAAGAUUUAAUAUUCUUGCAAAUGCCACAAAA